AUGAAUAUUCCAAAAACGAUAACAAUCAUUUUUAACCUUCGUAUAUAUAUAAAAGACAACGCUCGGACCACAUCAGACUUAUUCCCCGAUCUCCGAUCUAUUAGAGUAUUCGCGGCGUUUUUAUGCGCAUCUGCUUUGCCCGAACCUCAGCGCUUCCAGACUCUGCCGUAUAACCCGCGGAACCCACCCAAGGUGGUUCGUCCGACCUACAACCCCAAACAGCCUCCAAAGUUCAUCAGAGUGCGAAGGUUCGUUGAAGGUGAGCACCAAACGAAUCCGGCACCGAAUGGCCCGAAAGCAGGCACGUGGGAGGUGAAACCGGAUCUGUCCAGAGACGACAGGGGAAACACCAGGGCUAACAUCGACGUGAAAAGGCAGGGGGAGAACCACGAUUUCGAAGCCAGCUACGGGAAUACCAUCCGAGGACCUUCCAAGCACUCCGAGACAUGGCGUGUGGGUGGAACUUUCAGGUGGUGAAUUUAAUGAAGAAGCACCUCAUUAAAUUAUAGUCUUAGGAUUGUAUAUAGUUCGCUAAUAAAUUUUCAAACAUUUGUCUUUUUUGAA